AUGGCAGUAAUGAACCAAGAAGAAGAUUUCCGUGACGAACAGCUUCAUUACCCGCAACAUGCAAAAUACAGUUUCAACAAAUCAAUAAACAUCCCACGCCCAGGAGGUCGUCGGAGCAGACGAGUUUCCAAGUCAUCCCCUCGAAGUGCACAGAAGAAAGUCCUAGUUUUCGAAGUUGCCAAACACUCAGUCGACAAGCACCCGCUCGAUUCAAACUACUCUUCAAAUACCCAGUUUGACACAGAUGAAGAUGCGGAUAAGGAACAAGAAGAUGAAGUAGACGAAGAGGAAGAAGAUGAUGAAGAAGAAGAAGACUCUCAAGAGUCAUUAGAAGAGUACGAGUCAGAUGACCAUUCAUUUAGCUCGACUCUGUCUCUUCAAUCUAGCUUUACGAGAGAUUCGUCAUACCAAUACCAUUCAUUCAACAAUUCACAUUUCACCUAUGUGUCUCCAAAAUCAACAAUCUUGAGUAUACCUACAGACAGGUCAUUGUCGAUUUCGCCCUCAGUUGCCUCAUUCAAUAGCGUAUUCUCCCCAAGACAGCCGGCUUUGAUGUCCUUAUCGGCAAGUCAAGAUUCAGUCUGCACGGGCGUCUCCUCGCAGCCUUUCCACCAAUUGUCGUUUUCCUCGGCCACUGUUAAACCGCACAAUGCCACCGCCACCAAGUGUGGAAACAGACGCACCUCGACUGACAGUUUGAGCAAGAUUUUACAGAAUUCAAACACCACAAAGAAAUCAAUGUAUUCCAACUUGACAUCCUCCUUUAAACUGCUAAAGAUUAAAAUUCAACAGUAUAACAAGCAAAAGAUGAUCAACUUGGUUGACGAUUCGCCGCAGCUCACAGAUGAUAAAUUCCCCACCACGAGAUGCCACCAUAUGGAAGAGGAGGAGCCUGAAGAAUCCCCUUCACAAGAACUCAUCACGUUUUUUGAAGAAAACCACCACCAGCUUUCUAGUGGCGACGAGCCACAAUCGACGAGUGUGACUCCACAACAUCGCUGCGUCAAGUCAUCUUUUAAAAACCGAGAUUCGCGAAUCAACCCGCAGUUUCUCAGAUUAUACGCUUAUGAUUUCAACGCAAGAACCAAGUCGCAAACGCUCCCCAACGCACUUACACAAGAAGAUCUUCUCCGCAUCAUUGCCAUCAAGCCAGAGCUCAAGAAUUUCCACUACCAGUAUAACAUGUACCGCAUUUCAAACAUGUCUCGGGAAAAACUUUGGAAGUCGGUGGUGUUACCACCGAGGAAAGACGAGAGCCCCUGCGAGUUUAUAGACAGUGAGCAUUAUAUGCAAGAUGACGUGGAAGUGGUUCAAAACCACUCGAUUACGAGAAAACUGGGCAAGUAUUUGCCAUGGGAUUUGAAGCCAAGCAUCAAGCCCGCGGGCGUCUUGCCUGGUGGCAAGUGGGCAUUCAAUGGGCUUGCACCUAACCUGGGAGUGACCAAGACCCAAUUUACAAUCAAAGGUUGGUGCAAUUCUCGUUGGAGAGAUGCUGCAAGUGAAGAGGAAGAUUAA